AUGUCGUACGAGCCAAUGGGCCCAGGAUGGAAGGAGAUACCCCGCGAACUCGAUGAACUUCCAAACACCACUGUGUAUCGAUCUCCUCGCCGAGUACGAGAGACCCUUGAGGAACGGAAUGAACCUGUCAUCGAGGUGUCCGAUGACGAUGAAGCCGUAGUCGGCCAACCUGUACAGCUUCCCCUUGCCCAGCAAAUUCCUGCAGAAGCCGGCAGAGAGGUCGUUACAAUCGACUCAUCCAGUGAUGCUGAUGGCUCGGACAUGGAUGUUGUCAUACUGCCACCUGGCCCAAGUCACAAGCGACCGCGCCCGGAUGGCAGCUCUCAGGACGGUUCUCCUCAGCCACCACCGACCCGAGCUAGCAUGAAACGCCGUGCACCUUCAGUUGAUACACCCACCGUAAUGGACCCAGCGCCGCUGCAGGUGCGUCCCAUCUUACAACACAGACGUGAUGUGCUGGCUUCGGAUCUACAAAACCAACAGUAUGCCUGGCCUCCAACCUUUAAGCUACCUGGCGCAACUCCCAUUGCCUCCGGCCCAAGUUAUACGACACACCACAAGUCACAGCCUUCCAAGCAGAAGGAAGAACCCAUAGAACCACCAUACUAUGUCGACAGCCGGCUCGAGGUAAAGAUGUAUCGAGGGCCUGGCUACGAACGCUUCCCGGUUGCGCUUGGUACCGUCCAAGGCCAUCAGGAGCUGUGUGAUAAGUGGGAUGCCGAUCUUAUUACAAGGAGAGAACAGAGACUGGCAAAGCUACAACGAGAACAGAAGAUGGGCUACACGACCUACGACGUCAAUUCAAGCUCUGACGACGAUGUUGCAGUCGAGCACAGCGCCGCAUUCGAGAAGCGCUGUCUUGAUAGUCUACUUGAGGUCUUUCCCGAUAUCGAACGUGCCUUCAUCCAGAAGAAGAUUCGAGAAGAACGUCCAAAGUCACGACACGUUGAGGAUGAUGCUGACGACGAUCUAAUUGUUCUUGGACCGCCACCUCUUGCUGAGAAGAUCAUCUCCGAGAUCGUUGAAAUGCAGUCGUAUCCGAAAGAGCGCGCUGCCACGGCUAGCAAGACGAGCUCAGCAAUCGAUGGUACAGGCAUCACAAUCACAUGGAACCGAGAGCUUCCGAAAGACGACAUGUACCUGAAAGACGCUACUAUCCUGGUCGCUAAGCACUUCCCGCAUGUUCCUACUCAUUUUGUUGAUGAGAUGGUGAAAGAGAAGAAGUCAAUCUUCGAUACUUACGUCGCUAUCCACGAAUUGGAAGACCAGUACUACACGGUGCAUUUGAAACCUUACCCACGUCGAAAGCAACCAAGACCUGACAUUGAGAAGAAGUAUCUGUUGAGAGCCAAGGACCACCGCAUCCCACGAGAGUAUGCAAACCGUGUGAACGAACUGCAAGCCGCGAAACAGUACGUCAUGCGUGAAGAAAUCAAAGAGGCGGCGAGAAAGGCGAAAGAAGAAGCCGAAGCGUUGAACUUGGCCGAACAUAUUCAGUCUGGCGCCAUUAUAGAGUGUCAAUGCUGCUACGACGCCCAGGUACCUCUCAACCGCGUCGUGCCUUGCACUGCAGAGGUUCCGCACAACUUCUGUUUCAUGUGUGUGGAGGGGCUAGCAGACACACAAGUCGGUAUGUUGCAACAUGAGAUGCUUUGCAUGGACGAUAGUGGUUGUGAGGCACAGCUUUCCCAUGAAGACAUCGGCAGAGCAAUCCCCAUCACCACCUUCGAUCGCUUGGAACUUAACCAACAGCAAGCUGAGAUCAUGGCCGCCAACAUUGAAGGCCUGGAACAAUGCCCGUGCUGCGAUUACAAAGCCAUUUGCGGAGAUAUCAAAGAAGAGCCUGUAUACUUCUGUCAGAACCCAGAGUGUUCUCGCGCCACCUGCAGACGAUGCAAGAAGGACGACCAUGCACCAAAGACUUGUGAAGAAGCCAGUGUAGACAAGGUCUUGUCGGCGCGACAUCUCGUCGAAGAAGCCCGAUCAGCAGCUGUUAUACGGACAUGUCGAAAAUGUGGCGCGCCAAUCCUCAAGGACUUUGGUUGCAACAAGAUGGGUUGCACGCGAUGCGGCAGUGCAUUUUGUUACGUUUGCAACGACGACAUCACCGACUUUCCUGGUGGUUCUUACAAUCACUUUGACCCAAGUAAAUGCAUCCUCUACGACGAACCGGGUUACGACAGACAUGAAAAGGAGGCCAUCGAAGCCGAGAAGGAAGCUAUCUCUAAAGCCAAAGCCAUAGAUGCCGAUCUUGAUGAGAAUCAGCUGCGAAUCGACCCUGAGAUCAAAGAAACUCGCACUGUCGCCAUGCAAAACCUCCUCGACCACCCUGCCGGCGGUGUCUUCAUGCGCGACAUCAACAAUCGCGUGCUGCAAAUCAACGACCGUCAAAUGCACAUGCACAACCUGCAGGCACGUGUUGAGCAGCUUGAGGCACGCCGGCCAGAUCGUGAGGUCGGCCAGAUCCUGGCCGAGGCACGUGCAAUGGCCGGGGGGUUCGGGAUGGACAACAUCCCACCCCCCGAGGUCAGAUUGCAGCAGCUCCGGCAGCUGCAAGACCUGCAGCGACGUGCGCGGGAGCACCAGGGAGGUCGUGGCGCGCAAUAG